UUUUAAUGUUAACACAUUGUUAAACUAAGAAUAAUGAGGAAAGUUUUACGGCCAGUGGUUUUAUUUCUCCUUGUAAAUUGCUUGCAAGCAAAAAGCAGGAAAAAUAUUCUUUUCUUAGUAGCAGAUGACAUGAGACCGGAUUUAGGUGUAUAUCGAUCAGGCGAUCCGGUUAUACACACGCCUAAUUUGGACGCACUUGCUGGUAAAAGUUUGUUACUCAAAAAAGCCUACGUCCAACAAGCUUAUUGUUCACCCAGCAGGACCUCCUUACUGACAGGUCGAAGGCCGGAUACAACGCAUGUGUACGAUUUGAUUCACUAUUUUAGAAAGUCUGGAGGUAAUUUCACAACGAUUCCACAAUAUUUCAAAGAUCGUGGUUACAACAGUAUCGGCAUGGGUAAAAUAUUCCACCCUGGACAGAAAGCUUCGGACUUCGAUGAUCCCAUAUCGUGGUCACGUCCUUACUUCCAUCCGGACGAAAAUGAAGCCUACCGAGGGAGAAGUCACAGCUGGCGAGCUGUUAGCAAAGAUGAGUACAACGAUAAACCCUUACCAGAUAUUCAGCUGGCGAAUAAGGCUAUAGAGGUAUUACGUCAAGUAGGACCUGCGGCUAAACGUGGUGAACAACCCUUUUUUCUGGCAGUUGGUUUCUAUAAACCUCACUUACCAUUUGUUUUCCCAGAAGAAUUUCUUUCGCUGUAUCCACCCGAGAAUAUAAACCUUCCUAAAAAUGGUUACAUUCCCGCACAUAUGCCACCAAUAGCUUGGAGCAAAUACUGGGAACUUUUAAUUUAUAAGGAUAUUUCAGAGCUACAGGUCAGUGGUCAGCCGAACACGUCUCUUCCCAGGGAUGUGGUGAGGAGCCUUCGUCGUGCUUAUUACAGUUCUAUAUCUUACAUCGACAACGAAGUCGGACGGGUGCUGCAGGAGCUCAAGAUGCUCGGUCUGGAGGAUAAUACCAUUGUGUCUUUCAUGGGAGAUCAUGGUUGGCAGCUUGGGGAACAUGGUGAAUGGUGUAAACAUACAAACUUUGAGGAUGCGCUUCACGCACCAAUGAUGAUUCAUGUUCCCGGAAUCACUGAUAGAGGAAUUAUAACGGAAAGACUCACUGAAUUCGUGGAUUUAUUCCCCACGUUAGUUGAAUCCGCAGGGUUUACACCCUUAUCUCUCUGCUCCGAAGUGAAUUCCACGCAAACGAUUCUUUGUCGAGAAGGAACAAGCUUAAUGCCUUUAAUGAAAAACCCAACUAGAAAAUGGAAAUCUGCAGCAUUUUCGCAAUAUCCUCGUUACUUAAAUGGUCUGUUGGUCAUGGGUUACUCCGUUCGGAAUGAAAGAUUCCGAUACACGGAAUGGGUACAAUUUAACAGAAAGCCAUCUUUUAAACCUAAGUGGAAUAUUUUAUACGGGGCUGAACUUUAUGAUCAUACGACUGAUCCCGGAGAAAAUUAUAACCGUGCUAACGAACCCGAGUACCAUGACCACCGAGUUACACUAAUGAGUUUACUUCACAAGGGUUGGAGAAAUAGUUUACCACCCCCCUAGAAAAAUAAAUUUAAUGAAAACAACAUAA